CCUUCUUCCUCCGGCAGGAAAAGUGCUAUUCAUUUCUUACAACACAUGUCAGUGCGUGGUUAUUUAUAGACAUACCUACCUCCUCUCUCUCUCUUUGCCAUUGACUUCGAUUCAUUUUCAUCAUGAAGAACUCUGAAUUCUCUAUUCGAAAUUAUUAUCGUCCGAAGUGAGCUGGACCUUCAAUUUUUCUACUCGUUAUGGAAUUUUGAAAAGUAUUUCAUCUAGAAAAGGAAGUUGUAACUUUAGGAGUUUUUGAGUAGGAGUAACGUUUGGAGUACACCGUGCACAGAGGGCAAGGCUGGAGCCCACAGUGUGACGUCACAGAUAUGUUUCCCGCCCAUAUUAGAUCAGCCUAAAAUCAACCCUGAGAAGGAUAGUGCGCGACUGCAUGCUGGGUCGUCUGAUUCAUACUUUAGUCAUAAAAUGGACUCAAAAUCUGGAAACUGCGCGGGAGCAGUCUUAAUCUUCGUAGGAAUCAUGUUAUUUGGAGUAGCCCGGCUGACUGUCGCUACGCAAUGCUACAAGUGUGAAUUUUGGCCAAUCAACGGUACGGACGACGCGUGUUUAUACCCCAGUGAACUAUCAUCAGUUUGGACGGAAACCGUCGAGAUUGUCGAUUGUGAACACGCCUGCUUUGUAUCAAAUAAUUCAUUAGGAGGGCCUGAGUCGAUCCACAUCUCCCGUGGCUGCUACCAGGAUGAGUACUGCCCUGAUAUGUGCCUCAUUGACCCCCUCGAUGGCUGGGAGUCGUGUACACACUGCUGCGAUGAUGAUCUCUGUAACUAUCUCCUACCCGAAGACAACUUCGAAGACAGUAUGUGGUGCUACGACUGCGGUAGUCAUGAUAUCGACUGUGUGAAUCCCUCAAUGGAGACCACAGUGAGAACGACGUGCGACACCGCCUGUGAGAUGAAUGUCUACAUAUCUAAACAGACGACUGUGAUGAGAGGCUGUGCCCUGAGUGAAGACGAUUGUAAUGAUUGUGAUGAUAAGGAAGAUUGUACAUUCUGCUGUGAGGGGUCUUUCUGUAAUGACGCCCCUCCUGACGUCAUCGCAAGGCAAUCCAAUUUAACGCAAGACUGUUUCUCAUGUUAUUAUAGUCCUGAUGCAUUCGAGGUACAGGACAGUAGUGCGUGCGGCACCGAGUUUGAUCCCAAUGGUGUGGGUGUAGAACUCAUACAAUGUUCAGGUGUUUGCAAGAAAAUCGUAUCUGGCCAAUCGAUUGAGCGAUCUUGCGUUCAUAACUUGGAAGAAUGCAACUCUGGAUGUCGUCUGUUUGGUUCAUGUACAUACUGCUGUGAAGGAAACAAUUGUAAUACUGGACAUCACAGUGUAAAUAUCAACGUUUUAUUACCGUUAUUGACAACGUUUCUUGUUGCCUUCACGAUACAAACGCGGCGGCACCUGUAGUCCAAAUGGAAGGGCACUCAAAACAUUUGUAUUCUACGUACUUUAGUGCUCAGCGUUUUCGACGAACGUAAUUCACAGUGUUUGGAUGGACGAUGUGCUGAUCACUAGAAGAUAGACUCUGAUAGGAAGAGGAUGUUGGAAAUCAGGACAUUUGUUUCGUGUCUGAUGCACUGUUUCUUCACUAGUUCUUUGCCAUGAAGGCCGACAUGACGGAGGCGUUGUUCGUAGUGUGGACACUGAGCGAAAUGACUUCGAAAAUACCUCACUGAAUAUUUUGACAGGAUAUCGUUGAUCGUUCGGGAUGACAAAAUGGCUCCACGGUUAAUGCGACACUUGGAGAAACGAUGGACGCAACGUCACGAAAAUGAUACUUUUACACGAUCUUUUUCUUUCUCAUUCCCAAGGUCGGGUGUUGAAUUAAUGAAGAAAUAAAAACCCUGAAAGAAAGACGGUGUACAUUUUUUUUUCAUUCUAUAUUGUUCAAUUAAUGAUGUGGGGCCCGUCUUACAAAGAGUUGAUAUCAACCGCAACUUAUUUGUGAUCGAUAUCAAUCGUAUCUAUGUACAUAAAAGAUAGGAGACUGCAAACUUGCGAUUGAUUGGAGGCCUUUCGAUUAAGCCCUCCCCUCUGAAGCUGAACUUUGGGGGGAUUUUUUAAAACUGGAUUCAUGCGAUUUGGUUAAUACUUUUAGGCGAAAUUUAAAUGAAAGCCUUUACGUUGAGCAUGUUAUCAUAAACAUAUGCAUAACAUUAGAGUAGGCAGAUGAUAUACAUUGGCCGGUUACCCUUUGUUCAAAUAUUGGGGAUUUAUCCCCCUAUUCCCUCGGGAUAUCCACCUAUGACUAUGACUGUAUGUACCUCUUUUUUCUUUAUCAACACAUACGUGUAGUUUUCUUUUUCAACAGCGCAUACAUAGAAUUAUGAGGUCAACAUAAUUAUAAGGACAUCGUCAUUUCUCUGUUUAUAUUCUCGGCUAAACAGUGGCGUGUCCAGAGGACCGUAGCACAAAGCUUAGUAAGUGGUCGUAUGAUAGAUUGUUGCGAUUGGUAGUGUUGAUCACUCUCUCAAGCAAUCGAUCGCAAAUAAUCAAUCGUACGAUCAAUUGCAGAGCUUUGUGUUAGAGCCUAGGAUAAAACAGACGUGCGCCCCUGUUUGGAGGCCAAGAAAACAUGGAAAAUAAUUAUUCACUAUCCAAUGUCAUCUACAGCUGCACAGGGAUCUAGGCAUAUAAUUCACAUAUACACACACACACGCACAAACAAACACAAGCACGCGCACGGUUCCUAUAAUCUGGGAGUGAUUCCGCUUGCCAUCCCGGUUGUUUCUGUUUUUUUUUAUGUGACGCCACUAAUUAUGAUGUCUUCAAAAUAUGGACUAGAAAUCCCCUUGGCAUUAUACAUUUCGGAGGUUCUAUUUAUUUAAUACGUAGGGUAAUUCAGGUAUAAAAUGAGUAAAUUGAAUAAUUGUUAAUUACUCUUCACCAUUCCAAUCAUUAGCUCUUCAUUUCAUUUUAGUCGACAUGUUGUCUUAGAUAUGUUUCCACGCAAUCAUAAAAAUAUUGAGAACACAAAAAUUAUUGUUAUCCUAGUCCCAGGAUUCAAUCUUCUAGUUGAUAUUAUAUACCUCACUAAAGAAAUCCAGCAAUCUGAUAUAGGUCAAAAUUGCAGUCGUGAUUUUAGCCAUUCCCGUAAAGAAACGAAAAAUCCCAAAACCAUCUAAUAGUCCAAGAAUAAAAUCCCUCAAAAUUCCAGUUACCAGGAAAAUAAUAAAAUAUUGCUGCGAUACCCAUUGGUUUACGUGUUAAAAUGUUCUUUGAGCGAGCGCGGACAACAUACAGUCCUUUUUUUUCCCUGCGAUUCCCAACUGAUCGAAAAUUUCAGGCAUUUUUCCGACGCUGAUAAACAGACAGUUUCUCAGAUAUUCCGUGAUGUUUUAACCAAUCUUUACUCGAUAACAGGAUAAGGCAAUAAUUCGUGGUAGAUUUUUGUUUGAAUUCGGCAUAUAAAAGGGAUAUCGACUGCUUUAAUACUCGAGGAAUGGCUGUU